AUGGUACCACCGGCCGGGAAGACGGCCGUUUCAUACAGCCAUGGCGCGCAGACCGCUCUGCUCAAUGCCGUAAAUCGAAUGUUUGAUCUCGGAAGAACGGUUCAUUCUCUGGACGAGCUUAACAAUGGUGUCAUCCUCGGCCAAAUUCUCCACGAGCUGGACCAGGACUUUGACCCUUCCAACCUUGAAACUAGCCAGGGCACAUCUAAAUAUCUCACGAACAAGCGGAAUAUUCAGACGAUAUACAAGGGUCUAUUUCGAUUCAUACGGCGGCAGAUCCCAGAACUCGGCUGUCAAGCCAAGAAGGUCGAUUACCAUGCUAUCGCCGAGAACCCAGAUGCCCAUGGUAUCAGCCAGUUGCUUGCUGUCAUGGUAUCUGCAGCUGCGAUGGGGCCCGAUAACAAGAGAUAUAUUCCCAAGAUCCAGAGGAGCUUGGAUCGUGAUACUCAAGCUGAAAUAAUGCAGAUUCUUCAGAUUGUUCAGCAGGAUAUCGCCGCCUCUGAAGGGGAUCAAGACUUGGAUGAGGCCAUAGAUGCCGUCAUGGAGGCUCGUGACAUGGAUCUCCUCGUUGAAGAACAAAACGCCGCUCUGCGACAGCAACUGGAAGCGACCAAGAAGAAUCUAUCAGACUAUAUCACUAGGCUCGAGUACCUCCAGCUAAGCCAUGAGGAGCUCCGAUACGAAAAGGAGAAAAACGACAGGGAGCUAGAGAUUCUGCGUAAGGCGACGCAAGAUGGCGCUAAUAGCGCGGAAUCAGUGAAGGUUCUUGAAGCUCAAGUACAUGAGCAGAUGGAAAUCAUUGCACGGAACGAGGAAACGAUUCGGGCACACGAGAGAACCAAAGCUCAACUAGAAAGUGAGGUUCAGAGACUUACACAAAAAAGCAUACAAGCGGACGACCUUCGCGACCAGGUUAUUGAAUGGAAACACAAAGCCGAAGAGUUGGAGAAGAAGGCCAAUACUGCUGAUAGAUAUAAGCAAAAACUGGAAUCUCAGCAGCACUUAGUCAAAGAAGUCCAGAAUCUUCAAUAUGAGAAGGCAGACUUGCAGGAACAGCUUCGGUCCCUGGUGGACGACAGAGAGCGGAAUUCUCGCACGAGACAGGCGGAGGAUGAGUUGACAAAAAUGAUAACGCAAUCAGAACAGCAUCUCUGGGACGAGCGCAGCCAGAAAAAUCAGCUUAUUAGGGAUGUGGCUGCCUUGGAAGAAGAGCUGAUGCGACUCAAAGCUCAACGCACACAUGAUGAAAGCUAUAUUCAAGACCUUCAGGAGCAAAUUCAGCAUGGAGGAUCUACCGAAGCACCGACACAAGGCGAGGAGUCCCUCGGUGUGGAAGGAUUAAGUUUGAAUCUUGCCGCUGAGCUGGACAAUGCUAGUAAUGACGGCCAGCCGUUGAUUCCUUUGGAGUUAUCACGCUUAAAAGCAGAGAAUGAUUUGCUCCGAAGAACCAUGGGCUCAUCUGGCGAUGCAGCUUUGUUGCGGAGAGAACUUGAAGAUGAAAGAAAUCAGAGGGAGCAUCUCCAGAACAAUUUCAACGAGAUUUUCGAAAAACACACACUAGCUCAGGGCCAAAUUGACGCUCUCAUGGAGGACAAGAUCGGUGAAGAAGCUCAAGCUUUCAGGGAUCUCAGGACGCGCAGCGACCAACUUGAAGAAAAUCUUGAGAAAGCUCAACGGCGUUUGGAGCAAUUGGAAAAUGUGAAUGCUGACCAGACCAGGGAACUUGUGACAGUGAAGACUCAACUUUCUGCCGUCGAAAAGGACCAAACCGAAGCUAUUGACGACCUGAAGAAGACCGACGUGCUAGUCUCAGAGUCACUACAGGGAGAGCUAGUAAGACUUCGUGAGAAGUAUAAUUUUGCCAUUAGCGAACGAGACGCCCACAAGUCUCAGCUUGUAGAAGCUUUGCUGGAAAAGGACAGGCUUCGCAAAGGCUCGGAGGAAGGCAAAGACUUGGACGCCAAGGACUCGGAUGGCCCAGAAAUCUCAUCCAAGGGUGCCGAAAAGAUCGAGAAGUUGCGCGAGCGCCUCAAAGAGCGAAACGAACAACUCGAGAAGUCCGAAAGGGAUCGUCUCGAUUUACAGCGAAAGCUCAAGGCAGCGCUGGGUGGAGAGACCGCAGCUGCAGAGAAGGCGGCUACCGACGAACUUAUCAGCAACCUCCGCAGGGAGAAUUCUCUCAUGGCCACCGCAUGGUUUGGCCUUACCACACGCCUCCAAAGCAAUCAUGUUGUGUUGCAACGCCGGCAUGAUUCUCCAAAAAGUUGGGUCAACAAGCAGAGGCAGAUGGUUAAUGGUCAGUUGCGCCGCCGCGACUCCCUCUAUCUCUACUGA